UGUCUGAAACUCAGAGCCAAACUGGAAAUGUACCUCGUCAAAGCGAUCCCCGACCGUCUCAUGAUUGUCCCUCUACCGUUUUCACGACAGCAAAUCGACGAAUGGAAUCCCUACACAAAACAAGCAUCAUGGCAAUCAGUUCCCACAGGUACAUCAACCUAUUCAUUUUGCAUUCGGAAAUCAGACAAUCUUUCGUCCAACUAUUGCGUUCACACCUGCACCGACUCAAAAUGCCCGACCUCAGAAUAAUGCCACACCAGAAAACACUGGCAACAAUUGCAACAACGAGGAUCAGCUACGUAAUAACAGGCUUCAACCCAUAUAUCGCCCAACAGGUAUGAUUCGAGCUCAACUUCAAUCCAAGCAACCAGGUCUUGUGAAUUCCAUGGGUCAACGAGCGAACCUCGAAGGUGAACCGAAAGCGGAUGGUAAGUCAAACGAUGCCCUCCAAUCAACUUCCGGUGUUUCAUGAGAAGCGCGCAGGUCCAGUUUCACAGGCUGGUUCGUUUCAACAAUGGUCAGUUGACGAAUCUCCUUUCACCAAGUCAAAUAUGCCAACAAACAGCAAUGGUAUGUCCGAUGGGAAAGGGCAGAUUAACCAUCAAUGCCAGGAAACGGGACAUGGUUACCCGAGCAACUGGAAAAACAUGCCUAAGGAGCAGUUACAACCAAAUGACCGGAUUGAGCGACCGGUGGCGCCUGUUGGAAGCUACAGCGCGAUGCUUCAAGCCCAGAGGAACAGAAAAGAUUAUUCAAAUGCUCAACCACCCAGAAGUGGUGACCCUUUCAGCACUGGACAACAGCCAAAUUCGUACCAUACACAGGAUGUGACUCCUAAACAUAUCAUGCAGAAAGAUCCGAAUCAUGGACAGGUGCCAGCAGCCACCAGAUUUCCGGAUGUUUAUAUGCAGCCCCCGCGCCCAUUUCCCAACAACAAACUGCCGUCCCUGCAGACGAACGGCGCCCUAAUUGAAACGUGCCAAGCUCUAUAUGCCGCAAAGAUUAUCAGCGUGCGAUGGAGGGACGAACUGGAGAGACUGCGAGGACUUCCGGCGCAUAUGUGUAUGUUUGUCAAUAACAUUGUGAUCCCGGCUGCAGACAAAGAUCGCGUGUACAUUAGCUACCACAGCACGGGCCCUUCCAUCCUAGGUCACCUGCGUGACGGCACGGAGGUGUCGGUGCGCCUGAUGCAUCCAUCGGCUGCCCGCGUCUCGCCCGACCUCGCCAACAAGCUCCUCAACAUGGACGAGUCGGAACACUUCAUCCUCAAGUACAAGGAUUUCGUCUACAGCGAUGGUCUGCUGUACGUGGCUAGCGAGCUGCACGAGUACACGCUGACGGAGUUCCUCGUGCGUGAGCGGAACACAGACGACACGUACAGGCAGCGGAUGUUGUUCCAGCUUCUAAGAGGCAUCAAGCGUCUGCACCAGGAUCAUCUGUGCGUGCAUGGGGAGCUAAGGCCGGAUAACGUUCUGUUCGACGUGAACUGGACAGUGAAGUUGGCUGGGUACGGACUGGGUCGUAACAGAGAAGGACCCACGGUCGACUAUAGCGAAGACGACAUGUGUUGGCUUCCACCAGAAGUUCUCGUGCAUAAGAAACAGGUCAACUUUAAGUCGGACAUCUUUGCUACAGGGAUGUUGAUCUACUACAUCCUGCGGAACUGCCGGAACCCGUUCGGGAGCAGUCCCGCGGAGAUCCUGCGUAACAUCGAAGCGUCCUCGCCGCAGGUGGAAGCCGUGUCGGACGAGGCGGCAGACCUCCUGGCCACGAUGCUCUCAAUUAACAAGAUCGAGCGGCCCAGCAUCAACAACACGCUCGACCACCCAUGCUUCUGGGGCGAGGAGAAGAAGUUCCGCUUCAUCAACAUCGUGGGCUCUGACGUAGUCUACGAACUCAAGCACGGGUUAGACAAACGAGAGUCCAUGAUUGACAUCCUGUGUAAUGUUAAAAAUACCACAAAGUUCUGCAAAUGGAUGGAAGUGAUCGAGCCCCACCUGCUGCGGGACAUGACGGUGUACCGCCAGUACAAGAACACUCUGCUGGACCUUGUGCUCUUUGUGCACAACUACUGCGCGCACACCGACAAACUAUCUGAGAGGUCGCAGCGGGCAGUAGACGAACCCUGCAGUUACUUUCUGUCGCGCUUCCCGUCGCUCUUUAUGGCCGUCUACCGGGCGAUCAAGCGUUCCGGCAAGCGGCACAAGACCUGCUACGCGCCAUUCUUCUAGGACAACUGGAACGCACGUAACCUAGACGCCACGGGUAACACGUGGUGACGCUACUUUCUCAUUUUAGUGCGUUUAUCCUACUGUUACUUCAUAUAUUUGUUUUCAAUCUGGAUUGAGCUUCUAAAUGAUGAUACAUAAUUAUGUAAUUGCUUUGAUUUUAAUGCGCCCCUUGAAGCUUAUUUACUGUGUGUCAUUCUGAUGUAACUGUUUUAUAUAAUCACGAGAUAAUCAUGAGAUUAUGAGUACGUGUAGUUUUGCUGUUCUAUUAGCGCUAUUGCUUUGAUUUAGGAUCGUAUUUUCAGCUCUUCGAUGUAAUCAUGUUUUCAAAGAUUUCGUACAUGUAUAAUUGACGUUUAAAUAGAUAAAGAGUAUAUAUAUUUAGCUGAUUCAAAGUUUAUUUACACCUUUAUUUGUAUAUUCAUAUAUUGUAUGAUUUUAUUCUUUUAUAGGGUGUGAUAUUUCGGACAUUUUAGAAAUUUUACAAUGUAUUUGUUACCUUUUUUUCGUUUACAAGUUACUAUGAUACCAGUAUAUUUUACAUUUCAGUGUAGCUAAAUUGUCGUACAUAUUUUAUAAUGUGCACUUGUAUUUCUCGUAUUUAGACAUGUUUGUGAUAAUUAUUGUGUGAUUCAACGUUGUUAUAUGUUUAACAAAUGAAUUUUAAAUAAAUGUUAGUAAAAACGC